CAAAACCAAAACAUUUCUUGACCAAAACAUUAUUUUGAUCUCGUCGUUGGGGUUAGUAACAUGGCGCCAAAGGUAGAAGCAGGGAAGCUAGAGUGGAGGAUAAGUGUUGACAAUGGGACAACCGAGAGAUUGGUUCCAACAUAUGGACCUAGUAAAAGGAUCUUUCUUUGGCUAAAGGGUUUUGUAAUGAAGGUUAUCCUGGAGCGAAUCGCAAAGUCUAUGAGGAACAUUUGGAGGAUUGGGGCAGAUGAUCCUGCAAAAGUUGUUCACUGUUUGAAAGUAGGACUAGCACUUUCAUUGGUCUCAAUAUUCUAUUACAUGAGACCUUUGUAUGAUGGAGUUGGAGGAAAUGCUAUGUGGGCUAUCAUGACUGUAGUAGUCGUCUUUGAGUCCACUGUUGGAGCAACAUUCUCCAAAUGUGUGAACAGAGUGGUGGCAACUAUAUUAGCUGGAACACUAGGCAUUGCUGUUCAUUGGGUUGCAACUCGAUCAGGAAAAGCUGAGAUUUUUGUGACUGCAUGCUCUGUUUUCCUAUUUGCCUUCACAGCUACUUACUCGCGGUUUGUUCCAUCAUUCAAAUCCAGAUUCGACUACGGAGCGAUAAUCUUUAUCCUCACAUUUAGCCUAGUCUCAGUCGGAGGUUACCGAGUAGAUAAGCUGUUUGAUAUGGCUCAGCAAAGAGCAUCAACUAUUGCAAUUGGAACAUCUAUCUGCAUUGUCAUUACUGUCUUCUUAUGUCCCAUAUGGGCAGGAUCUCAGCUUAACCGCCUUGUUCAAUGUAAUUUUGUCAAACUUGCUGACUCAUUAGACGGCUGUGUAGCAGAGUACUUCAAGAAGAAGGACGUCUCAACGAAUGAGAAUGAAGAUGAAGAAACUAACAAGAAGUUGCAAGGAUUCAAAUGUGUACUUAACUCUAAGGGAACAGAGGAAGCCAUGGCAAAUCUAGCUAGAUGGGAACCUGCACAUGGAAGCUUUAACUUCCGGCAUCCAUGGCAACAAUAUGUAAAGAUAGGCGCUGCUAUGAGGAGAUGUGCUUAUUGCCUCGAGAAUCUUAGUAUCUGCACGAACUAUGAAACAGAGGCACCAGACCAGGUCAAGAAUCAUUUCGGAGAAGCUUGUAUGAGUCUGAGCUCAGCUUCUUCAAAAAUCUUGAGAGAGUUAGCGGAUAUGAUCAAGAACACGAGAAAAUCUUCGAAGAUGGAUUACCUGGUGUUUGAUAUGAACUCAGCAGUUCAAGAGCUUCAUGAAACCUUAAAAACUGUUCCCAUAGAAACCAACAGACCUGAAGAAGAUGUUAAAUCUGAAAAGGACGAGGAAGGAGACAGAACCAUGGCGAUGAGCCUACAUGAAAUCCUUCCAGUUGCCACUUUGGUUUCGCUGUUGAUCGAAAACGCAGCUAGGAUUCAAACAACCGUCGAAGCAGUGGAUGAACUGGCAAAUCUUGCAGAUUUCAAACAAGAUUCAAAGAAGAAAACAGGAGGCAACAACGCUAAACAAACACCACUAAGUUCCUAAAUUACUUUCAUAUUACACAUUGAAACCGGAGUUUUCAUGUAUAUAUAAAAACCUAUUAGUAUAUGACUUUGCUUUGUUCUGUAACCGAAGGUUUAUUCGGCAUGGUUUUUAAGGCCAAAAAAGAAAGUUAUGGAACUAAACAAUUACAACGUUUAA